AUGGAAUCUAAUAUUCCUGAUAUUUUCGAAGCUUCAGGUGUUGUACUUCGACCGGAUAAUCUUUUUAUGUAUAUCAUAUUUGAUAAUACAUUCCAAAUCGGUGUUUUUUGUACUUGGCUGGCUAUACAAACUAUAAAUUGUACUAAUAAAUUACUCGAUUGGCCUGAUAACACAUUCAAUAAACUCAAUUCAGAAUUCGAAGGUAUAGCCUAUAAUUCAUUAACUGACACGUAUUUUAUUGCACAAGAAACAAUUCCAUCCAAUGUUAGUCCAGAUGAAUAUAAUUCAAAUAUUUUUGAAGUUCAAAUAAUAAUAAAUGUUACAUUUUCGUCUAUAAAUCUUAUUCAGUCAUGUCGAAUAAACUGGACAUUUGAUUCAACGAGUAAAGGAUUCGAAGGUAUCGAGUUUAUAAUACACCACAAGAGAAACAAAAAUUAUUUACUUGCAUUAUGUGAAGCAAAUAAAUGUACGCUUCAAUCCAUGUCUGAAUAUCCAGUUACUAGCCUUGGAAAUGGAACACUCGUUGUAUUGGAGAAACAUGAAACUACAUAUAAUAACUCUUGUCAAUGGGAAUCAGUCGGGAUAAUUAAUCUACCAUCUGAUCUUAAAUUUCGUGAUUAUUCUGCAUUAUCUGCUUAUCGACAAAAAACAUCAACUUAUAUUGCUGUAACAAGUCAAGAGAAUAGUCAAAUAUGGAUUGGUAUAAUAGAAGAAAUCGAUCAGAGUCCAUAUUUUCGAAUAACAUCAUCAGACAAGACUGGUGUUUACAAUUUACCACGAACAAUUGUCAAUGGAAAAUCAUUAGCCAAUGAAUUAUUACUUUAUUUAUUCGAAUUUUUGGAUGGAAUUCCUUUACUUCGUAUUUUUCAUGGUUUAAAUUCUCGAUUCAAUCAUUUACUUUUUAUUCAUUUUCGAGCUUAUCGUUUUGAUUUUCGUUCAAUAUCUAAAUAUGAAUUUGAUAUUAUCUGUCGAAAUUAUCUUCCAUCAAUUACUGAUCAAAUUAUUUCUUUAACUAUUUCUGAUGAUGAUGAAACACCUAAUCUAUCUGAAAUUUUUCUGUCUUAUAAUUUUACUCUUGAUAAAUUUACUCAUUUACAAUCUCUUUCACUUUAUUCUAUUCAAUCAUUUGAUCAAUUAAAUCAGUUAAUAUUUCAAUGUCGUCAACUUCCUUAUUUAACACAUCUUUAUAUGAUCGAUGGUUAUAAUGAUGAUAAAAAAAAUGAUAUUCAGUUUUUAAUCAAUAAUAUUUGGAGUUUAGCAAAACUUAAUUAUUUUUAUUUAAAUUAUAAUUCAUCAAGUAAAAUAUGGUUAAAUAAAAUUUCAAUAAUAUCAUUAUCAAUUCAAAAAAUAUCUAUUGAAUAUAUUACAUGUACUUUACGAGAUCUUUCACAUCUAUUUAAACAUACACCUUUUCUUCAAUAUCUUAAUACAACUAUUCAUUUUAAUUUCGAAGAUGAACAAAUGCCUAUUAUAACAUCAUCAAUUACAUCAUUAAAAUUAACAUUUGAAAGUUCUGUACCUGUUAUGAUAAAUCUUUUUCAAAUGAUGCCAAAUUUAUAUUCAUUAACAUUAAAAACAAUGGAUAUUUAUUUAAAUGGAAAUAAAUGGAAAAAAAUUCUUAUGAAAUAUUUAACUAAACUAAAAAAAUUUCGACUACGAAUGUAUUUUGAAUUUUCACAUCAUAAAAAUGUUGAUGAACAACUUAAUAAAUUAAUUGAUACAUAUAAAAAUUCAUUUUGGAUUGAAAAACAUCAAUGGUUUAUUCAAUGUGAUUGUAUACCAUUUGGAACAUAUCAUCAUGGAAUUCUUUAUACAUUACCAUAUACAUUUGAUACAUUUGUUUGUUAUGAUAUAACAAAAUCAAAAUAUACUUGUCCUAAUGAAAAAAUUUAUUGGUCAUAUAAUCGAGUCAAAUGUUUUCAAUAUAUGAAAUAUAAAAUGAAUGCAAAUGAUAAUUCAAAUUUAUUACCAAUUCAAUUUCCAAAUAUUCAACAUCUAAAAAUUGGUAUUCCUUUUGAUGAUAAUUUUUGGUCAUAUAUUCCUUCAUUACAUCGAUUGACUACACUUGAAGUAAUAUUAGGUGAAAAUUAUACUCAUUAUCAAUUACAAAAUUUAUUUAAUAUAUCACCUUGUCUAUAUUCAUUAAGAUUUUUCUUUUCAAUUGAUUUAAAUAUAUCAUUAGAACAAGUUAUAAGUCAUUCCAUUCGUCGUCUUAAUUUUAUAACUAAAUGUUCAUCAAAUAUAACACAUUUGAAUACUAUUGAAUGUAAUGCUUUAGCUCAUUCACAACUUGGACAUCAAUGUGAAGUUUUGUUAAUUAUAGUUGAAAAUCGAGCGAAUAUUUUAAAUAUUAUUAAAACAAUGAAUAAUCUUCGAUCAUUAAUUUUUCAAUGUAAAGAUGAUAAAUGGAAUAAUAAAGAUAUUUCAUCAAUUAAUGAUGAACUUGUUGAAUGGCUACGUAUGUGUUUACCAUCGACUUAUUCAAUUACAAGAGAUAAAAAUGAAGUAUUGAAUAUUCGAAUAUGGAUUAGUAAAAAUAAAAAGAAUACGAUUUUAUCGUAA